AUGGUCUGUUUAGAGAAGGUGUGUUACGGAGGAGGUGGAGAGGCAAAGUCUCUGCUGAAAGACGGCAGCUGGAUCAAAAAAGACGAGGAAGAGGAUGAAGAUGUCGACCGAGACCCAAACUUUGGCAAAUCUAUUCUGGGCCGUACCAAAACCAGUGAGACUGUUACUGUGAGUGGAGGCAGUGAAGUAAAAACCACCAAAACCCUAAGCACGACAACAUCUGUGAAUGCUCUCAGCCAGAGAUUCAGUGGAGGUAUGGAGGAGCCGAAGAGCAGCACCCUCCCUUCCAGCACGUCCACAUACACCAGAAGAACCAGUUCUUCUACACUGGAACCAAAAUCAAGCACCACAACCACGACCACCUCCAAGGAUGGCAAAACCUCUGAGACCAUCACCACCACCACCUCCCAGAGUGUCAGUUCUCCUGUGAUGAAAUCUCCCACUAAGACUGAGACGUUCACCGAGCGAGUCAAAUCCUCAAGCCAAGGGGCUCUUUACUCAAACUUCACACCUAGCAGAACUUCAAAAGUGACUGAGACGACUGUUACCACCCAUAAGGGUGCGGAGGAGAAACUUUACGACACCCUCCUGCCCUCUGGCAUCAAGGAUGAUUACUCACCUACAGAGAGCAAAAGUACAAUCUCCACAACUCGGACUUCGAUUGUGAAAAGCAGCAAUGACACCGAUGCUGAAGACCUACUCUACGGUACACUGAUCCCAAGCGCUAUCAAGAACGAUGUCUCAGACAGUUACAGAAGUUCCAGCGUCACGAGGAGGGAGAUUGUCACAGUGGAGAGCAGCAGAGGAAGCAACAGCCCAACUCUGACAUCACCCUCCUUCACAGGAAGACUAAGCAGUUACAAAGAGUACUCUGAUGAUUCCCCCACCACCCGCACCUCCUCCCACACCGUCAGCACCACGCCCAGUGACCUAUACAGCGACCGUCCAUCCUACUCCAGAACCAGUAGCAGCUAUGACCGCAGCAGCGUCAGCAGCCCCACUACCUACUCACCAUCCUACAGAAGCAGCAGCAGGUCAGAUGACAAUGCAGGAGAUUCACCCUACUCCAGGUCCUCCACCAAGAGUUUGUACGGAUCUUCUGACAGGCUGGUGCAUGAGAAAGACUUGUGCACUUCUUGCCGUAAGCCGUUCACUGGGGACGCCAAGAUGGUCCUGGAUGACCUGAAGAUCAACUGCCACGCUACCUGCUUCAAAUGUCAGGUGUGUAACAACAAUCUGGGUUAUAUGAAGGCCGGGGACAGCAUGUGGAUCUACAACCGCAAGGUGCACUGCGAGAGCUGCUUUGAGGUCACCAGAGAUAAAUGGCGUCGUUGA